AUGAAUAGUAUCAGUCGGUUUAAUCCACAACUUCAUGCUUGGUGGCAUGUAAUUUGUGCUGUUAACGGUUACGUAGUAAUCGUGUGUGUCGAAGCUAUGCGUCUUCUAUCAAUCAAAUAUCAACAGCAUCAAGUAAAAAACGCUAAAUCUCCCGAACAACCAUUUAAACCGGAAGAUCAUUUACAUAUCGCCGUUUAUUUAGGAUUACCUUACGUAGAUUAUUACAAAGAAAAACAAACGAAUGAAGCAAAAAAACAGUAAAUUAUUGAUAGAAAUACAAAACUACCCUAGGAUUUCUACGAAAGUACUCAUAGUGCUCCGGAUCACUGAAGUUUCAUAUUUUAUCCAUGAGGAACAAUUCGAAAUUUUAAAAAAACAACGUCUGACAACUCGCUCACUCCAAUAAGCCAUCGAAAAAAAUUAUACCUUUCGAUGUAACUUGACGAGCUCUAUCGAGUCGUAUAAUUUUUGUCGAUGGCUUAUUCGGCUGACGAGGGAACCGUCCGAAGUGAUUAACCGCUUUUGAGUUCGGACUCUAUACAUAAGACAGACCCUAAUGAGAUAUGAAAAACCCCAAAAGGACAAG